AGCGAGGAGGCUGAGUGGGGCCCCUCGUGGGAGCAGCGCGGGCUGGGACUCGCUCAUGCCGGUCCCCGACGCGGGGCGCAGCCCGAGGGGCUACACCAACUGCACCUUCGAGUUCGACGACGGUCCACGCGCCCUCAGGCAGCCCUGCGCCGGGAACGAGGACAGCGGCCUCGGAGACAAGGUCCCGGACACCGCUGCCGCUAGCUUCAAGAUGAGCGACCUGGACUCGGAGGUGCUGCCCCUGCCGCCGCGGUACCGCUUCCGGGACCUCCUCCUGGGCGACCAGUCCUUCCCAAGUGAGGACAGGGUCCAGGUGGAGUUCUAUGUGAACGAAAACACCUUCAAGGAGCGGUUGAAGCUGUUCUUCAUCAAAAACCAAAGAUCCAGCCUGCGCAUCCGGCUGUUCAACUUCUCGCUCAAGCUGCUCACCUGCCUGCUCUACAUUGUGCGCGUCCUGCUGGACAACCCGGCCCUGGGGAUCGGAUGCUGGGGCUGCACCAAGCGUAACUACACCUUCAAUGCCUCAUCCUCUGAGAUCAACUGGGCCCCCAUCCUGUGGGUGGAGAGGAAGAUGACACUGUGGGUGAUCCAGGUCAUCGUGGCCACCAUUAGCUUCCUGGAGACCAUGCUACUCAUUUACCUGAGCUACAAGGCUCUGAACCCCCGUGACCCCCAGGGCAACAUCUGGGAACAGAUCUUCCGUGUGUCCUUUGUCCUGGAGAUGAUUAACACACUGCCCUUCAUCAUCACGGUCUUCUGGUCGCCGCUGCGGAACCUGUUCAUCCCCGUGUUCCUCAACUGCUGGCUGGCCAAGCACGCGCUGGAGAACAUGAUCAACGACUUCCACCGUGCCAUCCUGCGGACGCAGUCGGCCAUGUUCAACCAGGUCCUCAUCCUCUUCUGCACCCUGCUCUGCCUGGUCUUCACGGGGACCUGCGGCAUCCAGCACCUGGAGCGCGCCGGCGAGAACCUGGACCUGCUGACCUCCUUCUACUUCUGCAUUGUCACCUUCUCCACUGUGGGCUACGGCGACGUCACGCCCAAGAUCUGGCCGUCGCAGCUGCUGGUGGUCAUCAUGAUCUGCGUGGCCCUCGUGGUGCUUCCGCUGCAGUUUGAGGAGCUCGUCUUCCUCUGGAUGGAGCGGCAGAAAUCGGGGGGCAACUAUAGCCGGCACCGGGCGCAGACGGAGAAGCACGUGGUGCUGUGUGUCAGCUCCCUCAAGAUCGACCUCCUCAUGGACUUCCUGAACGAGUUCUACGCCCACCCCCGGCUGCAGGACUACUACGUGGUCAUCCUGUGCCCCACUGAGAUGGACAUCCAGGUGCGCAGAGUCCUGCAGAUCCCCCUGUGGUCCCAGCGGGUCAUCUAUCUCCAGGGCUCCGCCCUCAAGGACCAGGACCUCAUGCGGGCCAAGAUGGACAACGGGGAGGCCUGCUUCAUCCUCAGCAGCCGGAACGAGGUGGACCGCACGGCAGCGGACCACCAGACCAUCCUGCGCGCCUGGGCUGUGAAGGACUUUGCCCCCAACUGCCCCCUGUACGUGCAGAUCCUCAAGCCCGAGAACAAGUUCCACGUCAAGUUUGCAGACCACGUGGUGUGUGAGGAGGAGUGCAAGUUCGCCAUGCUGGCCCUGAACUGCGUGUGCCCGGCCACCUCCACCCUCAUCACCCUGCUGGUGCACACGUCCCGCGGCCAGGAAGGACAGGAGUCCCCGGAGCAGUGGCAGCGCAUGUAUGGGCGCUGCUCGGGCAAUGAGGUCUACCACAUCCGCAUGGGCGACAGCAAGUUUUUCCGCGAGUACGAGGGCAAGAGCUUCACCUACGCGGCCUUCCACGCCCACAAGAAGUAUGGCGUGUGCCUCAUCGGGAUGAAGCUCGAGGACAACAAGAGCAUCCUGCUAAACCCGGGCCCGCGCCACAUCCUGGCUGCCUCGGACACCUGCUUCUACAUCAACAUCACCAAGGAGGAGAACUCGGCCUUCAUCUUCCGGCAGGAGGAGAGGCAGAAGCAGCGCGGCCUCGCAGGGCAGGCGCGGUACCAGGGGCCCUCGAGGCUGCCUGUGCACAGCAUCAUUGCCUCCAUGGGGACAGUGGCCAUGGACCUGCAGAACGCCGAGUGCCGGCCCGCACAGGGCGGUGGUGGCAGCAAGCUGACGCUGCCCGCGGAGAACGGCUCAGGCAGCCGGCGCCCCAGCAUCGCGCCCGUCCUGGAGCUGGCGGACAGCUCGGCACUGCUGCCCUGCGAUCUGCUGAGCGACCAGUCGGAGGACGAAGCCACGCCCUCCGAGGAUGAGGGCCUCUCCACGGUGGAGUAUGUGAAGGGCUACCCGCCCAACUCGCCCUACAUCGGCAGCUCCCCGACGCUGUGCCACCUUCUGCCUGUGAAGGCCCCGUUCUGCUGCCUGCGCCUGGACAAGGGCUGCAAGCACAAUAGCUACGAGGACGCCAAAGCCUAUGGGUUCAAGAACAAGCUCAUCAUUGUCUCCGCGGAGACGGCCGGCAACGGGCUGUACAACUUCAUCGUGCCGCUGCGCGCCUACUACCGGCCGCGCAAGGAGCUCAACCCCAUCGUGCUGCUGCUGGACAACAGGCCUGACCACCACUUCCUGGAGGCCAUCUGCUGCUUCCCCAUGGUCUACUACAUGGAGGGCUCCGUGGACAACCUGGACAGCCUGCUGCAGUGCGGCAUCAUCUACGCCGACAACCUGGUGGUGGUGGACAAGGAGAGCACCAUGAGCGCCGAGGAGGACUACAUGGCUGAUGCCAAGACCAUCGUCAACGUACAGACCAUGUUCCGGCUCUUCCCAAGCCUCAGCAUCACCACGGAGCUCACACACCCCUCCAACAUGCGCUUCAUGCAGUUCCGCGCCAAGGACAGCUACUCGCUGGCGCUCUCCAAGCUGGAGAAGCGGGAGCGUGAGAACGGCUCCAACCUGGCCUUCAUGUUCCGCCUGCCGUUUGCCGCUGGCCGCGUGUUCAGCAUCAGCAUGCUCGACACGCUGCUCUACCAGUCCUUCGUGAAGGACUACAUGAUCACCAUCACCCGACUGCUGCUGGGCCUGGACACCACACCCGGCUCUGGCUACCUCUGUGCCAUGAAGAUCACGGAGGACGACCUGUGGAUCCGCACCUACGGCCGCCUCUUCCAAAAGCUCUGCUCCUCCAGUGCCGAGAUCCCCAUCGGCAUCUACAGGACCGAGUGCCACGUCUUCUCUGAGCCCCAAGACAUCAGAGCCCAGUCUCAGGUGUCGGUGAACAUGGAAGAGCGUGAGGACACACGAGAGGCCAGGGGUCCCUGGGGUGCACGGGCUGGGCCUGGCGGGGGCAGCGCCCACGGCCGCCACACAGGCAGCAGCGACCCGGCCGAGUACCCUCUGCUGCGGCGCAAGAGCCUGCAGUGGGCCCGGAAGCUGAGCCGCAAGGGCUCCCGGCCCUCGGGGAAGGCGCCCUCAGCUGAGUGGGCCGGCCAGCAGCGGCUCAGCCUGUGCCGGCGCUCCGAGCGCCAGGAGCUCUCCGAGCUGGUCAAGAACCGCAUGAAGCACCUGGGGCUGCCCACCACCGGCUACGAGGACGUAGCAAAUUUAACAGCCAGUGAUGUCAUGAAUCGGGUAAACCUGGGAUAUUUGCAAGAUGAGAUGAACGAUCAGCAGAACACCCUGUCCUAUGUCCUCAUCAACCCCCCGCCCGACACGCGGCUGGAGCCCGGUGACAUUGUGUACCUCAUCCGCUCUGACCCGCUGGCCCACGUGGCCAGUGGCUCCCCAGGCCACAGGAGCAGCUGUAGCUACAAACUGUCAUCCUGCAACCCCAAGACCCGCGACGAGACACAGCUCUGAGGCCCAGGACCUGGCCCCAUGGGGCCACAGCCAGGACUCGGAGGGAGCAGCCCUGUGCUGCUGCAGCCACAGUGGCUGUGGUGGCUCCUGGGACGCGGCUGCAAGGAGGCCUUGUGUGGGGCCAGGAACGGGAGGGCCUCCACCCGCUCCCCAGAAGCUGGCGGGAAGCCUUUUUAACCUGUUUUUACAAAUCUGUAUGACCCAUGUCUCUUCGCAGCUGUACCGCAACUCGUGACCAGGACCCGGCAAAGGUGAAGGGUGGUGGCCAAGAGGGGACAGGUGGGGACUGGACACCACCGAGUCUGCUGCCCUGCACGGCCACACCCGGGCGCUGCUGGAGGCUGGGCAGGUGCCUGGGACCUGGUGCAGGGAGCCUCAUGGCCCACAUGGGACCUGCCCGUCAUGCCAGUGAUGUAAAGCUCCUACAGGGCUUGGGUGUGGAGCCUGUGGGCAGCCCUGGAACAGUGCGAGGGCACCCCCUGCCAGCACUGAGCCUGCACCUCCAUGUAGUCAGACCUUCCUGACUCCUACAUGAGACUUCCUGGCCGGCUCUUGGGGACGUGGCCUGUGCUACACUCUUCUAAAGCAAAGCCUUGUUUCGAACCCCGACACAAGAAGCACAAUUAGCCCUGGCUGCUAGCCGCUGUCCUCGGCCUCCACGGUCUCCUCCAGGCCGGGUGCCGGGGUGCCCCUCACCCAGCACCUGGUAACCCUUGCACUCUGCAGGCUACGUGUUCCAAGGCAGCUGCCCAGGCCCUCGGGGCUCUGGCCCAAGGCUGGAAGACACCUGGGCUCCCCUUUGUGAGGUUAAAACACCCGCUGUGGUCUCCGCCUGACCUAGACCCAGCCGGCACAGCCCUUCCAAAAUGCGGGCAUCAAACCCCGUGUGGCAGGUCGGCAGCGUGGCUGGGGCGGAGGGCACGCCUAGUGUCCAGGAAGCUCCCUGGGGCAGGAGACCCCUAACAGGCCUGGGACGGGCACAGCUCCUCUAGGUCCAACAGCUGUUGGGGACCCCCUCCUUUAGGGGAGAGGGCUGUGCACCUUACCUGUGUCCAUUUCGGGUACCCCAAGAGGCUGGGGUGAAAGGAAGGGCUCCUGACAUCAGGGCAGCUCAGGGACAACAGGGCAGUUGCUGGGGGGACCUGCCCACCAGAUGGGGUGGCCCGGGGCCAGGCUCCCCAGUGCAUGCCUCGGACACACGUCCAGCUCGUGCCCCCACCCUGGCCUGCCUGGUGCCUGCUAAGCAAGUGCCUAGAAGUCCUCAGCGCAGCAUUCUUAGGGAAGAAAGGGCCCAGUGGCCUCAGGACAGGGAAGCCCCGGGCCCUAAUGGAGUGGCAACAUUGACCCUGGGCUGGGGUGGGCAGGCCGCCCCGGCUGGGCAGAGGUCACCAGCAGCUCCAAGGAACCCCCAGCUUUGUGCAGCAGGACGAGCCGAGCCUGGCCUCAGUGCCCUCAGCCACAUCUGUGCCACGCCCCAGCUCCGUGUGCAGCCACCUGACCGGAAGGGCUGCUGUCCCUAGGGGCCAACCCCACUUUGGGCUCGGGCUGUAGUGGGAGGCUGUGGACAGCGGCACCCUCCUGGUCCCUGGUGGGGGCGGGGGUGGCUCCCGAAAUGGGCAUGCCAGGGGCCUCAGCUGCUGAGGACACCAGGCCCUGGACAGGGUGCCCUGCUGCACCGGAUGCCGGGGGUGUACCCCUCGCUGGCCAGGACAGCUGUCCUGCGAGAUGUCAGUCACCAGCCCAAUAAAAGCUGCCUGUGCACCUGAA